AUGAAGAUUCUAACCAUCUUCACAAUUCUAUAUACCAUCCUAAUCAUAAACCUUUUCUCGUCCACCGGUGUUUCAACUAUCAAAGCUGGUGACCAACUCAACCUCACUACGUCUCAGCUUGUUUCCCCGGGUGGCAACUUCACCGUAGGGUUCUUUAACACCACAAACUACAUAUAUGUAGGAAUUUGGUAUACCAAUGAUGAAACCUUCAAAGUAUGGGUAGCCAACCAAUCCACACCGAUCAUAUCCAGCUCUGGUGUCUUCAUGAUCGAUCCAGACACUGGAAAAUUGAUCAUCGCCACUAGAGGAACAACACUUGUAAACAUAUCUGACAAUCAAUCCAGUCUUGAUUCUAAUAUUACAGCAACUCUCGAAGACACGGGUAAUUUCUGGCUGAAAAACGAAACUGACAACCGGACUCUAUGGCAGAGUUUUGAUUAUCCAACCAAUGUUCUCUUACCAGGUAUGAAACUUGGGUCGGACCUUAGAACGGGAAUGAACUGGAACUUAACUUCUUGCUUGAGCAAUGAUAUUGCUGAUUUUGGUGUUUUUACUUUGAGCUGGGAACCAACUGAUGAAGCAUCUAAGAGAUUAAUGAUUCGAAGACGAGGUCAACCCUACUGGACUAGUGGGAAUCUAAAUAAUCAAAAAAUUCCAUACAUGCCAGCGUUGAAUAAUCCAUUUAGAAAAUACCUGUAUAAUCUCAGUUAUGUAUACAAUGACGAAGAAAUGUGUAACGACCCGUUAUUUCAAAUCAAUGUAAUAGUUUAG